AUGUCCCUUUCCCUUCUUGUUGCCACUCUCUUCCUCGUGCUUCUGAACCUACUGGGUCCUGCAUAUGUUCUCGUUUUCAAUACCCUUACCAGCCUGUUUCUCCUCUUCUUCUCACGCAGCAGAAGAUUUACUCGGCAUAUGCAGCGGGACGGACGUCGAGAAGUGUCCAAAGCUGCGGAAUGGGUGUACUUUGCGUUCCUGGUGUGUUUGACCUGGGUCCUGUCUAUAGGGACCGGUCAACAUGUCAGGGUCCGAUACCUGCUUCCUGAGUCUCCUGUUAUACUGCCCGAACUUGCUCAAAUCUGGUCGCACUUCAAGGAGGGUAUUAUCAACGAAUACUCAGUCCUCUUCCUGCCUGUUGCUCGGGGAAUGGCCAGCAUCCGGAAGCUGUUUUCAUGGAAAAAGCCAGAGCCAGAAAUCGGUGGUGUAGCAAAGACUACAUCGGUUCAAAUCGACGAAUCGCUUCAAGCCACCUCUUCCCAGGAUGAAGCGUUGGUCUGCCUGAUCUGUCAUGAGGCAAUCUCUCCUCAGAAUCCCAGCCUGUACUUGUGUUGCAGUAAGCACCACUGUUAUCAUGCGUCCUGUGCUGCAGAUUCCGUCAUGGGUCAUCGCCGCUGUCAUGUUUGCGAUGAGCCUUUCCCUGACGGCCAAGGUCCGCAAACGAUGGACCACGAAGCAGACCCAGGCUCCAAGAAGUCUACCAAGAAGAAGAACAGGAAUCGGAACAGAAAGAGAAAGCACUGA